AUGGCUGAUUUUAACCUGCGCUACGGAGGAACGCUUUUCUACCAGUACCACAAGGCUUUCUCCGCAAAAUCAGCCUCCUUCGUCUCCCUCUACAACGCGCGCCUGGAUUGGGCCAUCCAAGAUACCGAACUGCUAGUGCGGCACUUCGGCGGCCAGCGCGCCCUCACCUGCUCAAUCUGCAGCGCAUACGGCCACUCAGCCGGGUUCUGCCCACGGACUGUGCCCGGGGCUGCCGCCACGGGCGCCGCUCUCAUUCCCCCCAGCUAUCCCAAUCAGUUUCUGCCACGACCCCCACCCGCAGAGUGUCUGCCCUCGUCGAUUCCGCCCGAUGGCCAAGGGCCGGGGCAGGGGCCAGCCACGUUUCAAGCAAUUCUGAAUGGUCACCCUUCCACUCCCAUUAAUGUCCCCCUCCUGGCCAGCUAUCUGUUCAACCACCACGACACGUCCUUUGUAGACUAUCUGAUCACCGGGCUAUCUCAGGGGUUCCGGGUUGGGGUAGUCUCUCCUCCAUCCUCUUCCUUCAUUGCGAGGAAUCUGCAAUCUGCUGUGUCUGACCCAGACGCCGUUUCAACCCUCCUGCAGAAGGAAUUGAAUAAAGGCUAUGUCAUCGGGCCCUUCAAGUCUCCUCCCUUUUCUGUCUAUAGGGUUAAUGCAAUCGGGGUAGCCACCCGGCGUUAUUCAGGGAAAAAGCGCCUUAUUUUCGAUAUGUCGUCUCCCCAUUCGGAUCUAGUGGCUAGCGUUAACGAGGCCAUCCCCCUUGCCCCUUUUUCCCUAUACUAUGCCUCGAUCGAUAACGCUAUCCACAUGAUCAAAACCGCGGGUCACGGCGCGUGGUUGGCCAAAGCUGACAUCACCGAUGCUUUUAAAACCAUGCCCAUUCACCCCGCGGACUGGCCGCUGUUCGGCAUCCAGUGGCAGUCUAAAUUCUAUUUCGCCGUCCGGCUGACAUUCGGGUGCAGAAGCAGCCCCCACAUAUUUAAUUGUCUCUCUGAGGCUCUGUGCUGGGUGCUGCUUAACGUCUAUAAAGUGCCUUUUUUGUUGCACCUUUUAGAUGAUUUCUUGCUCGUCGACUUUCCCUCCCUCCGCACCGGCGUCCUGGACACCCUAAAAUGCGUUUUCACUGAGUUAGGCGUGCCUCUGUCCGAGGAGAAAACCAUAGGUCCAUCGACUACUAUCGAAUUUCUGGGCAUAGUCCUGGACACCGAGAAGAUGCAGGCAUCCCUGCCUCUUGAUAAAUUGGAUCGCAUUCGUACAGUCAUAGCGUCAUUUCUCUCCGCCCCGGCCGUCUCCAAGCGCGAAAUGCUCUCCCUCCUCGGGCAUCUAAAUUUCGCUAUGAGGAUAAUCCCCCAGGGGCGCUCGUUUAUAUCUCGCUUGCUGACGCUAGCUCACUCCGUCCCUAACCUGAGCGACACGAUCCCCCUCGAUGAAGGUGCCAGAUCUGAUCUCGGUUUCUGGUGUCAACUGUUGCGCUCGUGGAACGGCGUCUCCUUUUUCUAUAACGAUGUACACGAAUCAUCCGACUCCCUGGCGCUUUUCACCGAUGCGGCCCCGUCUGUUGGCUUUGGGGGUUACUUCCAAGGGCAGUGGUUCGCUGAUACUUGGCCGGUGGAGUUCCGAACCCCUGCCUCUGGGAGCGCCUCUAUCGCGUUGUUUGAGAUUUACCCGAUCGUGGUGGCUAGCAUGCUCUGGGGCAAAGAUUGGUCACGUAAGCGCAUAGUCCUGCACUGCGAUAACGAAGCCGUGGUUAACAUCAUAAAUAAGGGCCGCUCAUCCUGCACCUCGAUCAUGUCCCUCGUCCGGCGCUUAACCUGGCAGUCUGUUUUGUUGAAUUUUAUUAUCACUGCUGAGCAUAUACCUGGCUCCCACAAUGUUGUCGCUGAUGCUCUCUCCCGUUUCCGUUUCCAGGACUUCAGACGUCUAUGCCCAGCCGCGCGCCGGGACCCGAUGCCAUGCCCUCCGCUCCAGGAUCUGAUACUGGAUUGAACGCGUUGCCCCCCUCAAUGCGUAACUCGAUUGGUCACUACAUGUCAAAAGGCUUGGCGCCAUCUACUCUCAGGGCUUACAGAUCAAGCUGGUCCCUGUUCUCUCUAUUCUGUUUCUCUCUGAAUGUGCCACUAUUCCCCAUGUUGAUUUCUACAGUUUGCGCGUUUUUGGUUUUUCAUUUCGAGUCUCGUAAUCUUAACAUAUCAUCCAUUCGCAGGAUGCUGUCGGGCAUUCAGUUCUACGCUCGCUGCCACGACCCAGACCACCCUAGCCUAUUUUCGCACACCUCCAUUCGCCUCCUCUUAAAGGGCAUGGCCAAAUCCGUACCCAACGCACCCGACACUAGACUACCCAUCACCCUCGA